UGAUGAUCCACAACGUUAACUGCGUUGACCGGGACACCAUACCCCUACGUUUCCUGACAAUAUCAUAUGGGAACAAAAAGGUGGUCACGCGGAAAAGUCAUUCAAAGUUCGCGAGUUCAAAUCCCUCCAAUCUUUUGCGCGUCGUCGACGAAGAAGCAUGGGAGGAAGAGGGCUUGGUGGACCUUGUCUGCUGUCUGGAGGUGUACUCAGAAGAGGUUAUCCCUGGUCCGUCUUCUCGACCCUCUGGUGUAAAUGGAGACCUGAAGAGGAACGUGGGGAUGCUCAGGUUCAUAAGCAAGAUCGAGAUUUUGAUGAACGAGAAGAGGGAGAGGGAGAAUGCAGAUGCAGUGAUGCAACAGAAGACAAGGACAAUGUCGAAGCGGAGGCAGAGCAGGAACAGGAUAAAGAAGCGGAGCAGGAGGGGAGGAGCAGGAGCUGACAGCUCAAUGCUUGCUGAAGACUUACAGCUGAAACAUAUUUCUCCAGUCGUUGAUGACCCUCAACCCUCACCACCAACUGCUAAGAGCCGAGCUAGUGCUGUUCGUGCACAAGACAUGCUGCAUCAUGUACCUGAAUAUAUAGACACAGAACGACCGAUAAAGAAGGAAAAGGAAAUUCCUCUUGUGCAUCGCGUACGGAUGUCGCUAACCUGUAAAGCAGGAGCCAGUUUCCGCAGGGCGAUCAUACUGAGUAUGGGAACUCAGAAAGACGACCCCCCUCUCGAGCCAUCCCCGAGGGAUAUGCCAAAAUUCAAAGGCGCGGCACAAAUGGAGGUCAGGGCUGCGAAUGAUGGCGCCCGUGUACUAGCCUCUAUGCCAACGCUCCUUGGACCUACACCAAGUGCACCCCAUAAGGACCCCGGACCCGAGGAACGACGCCCACAGGCGCCAACAUAA